AUGGCAAAGAGAUUUUUCUUUACAUCGGAAAGUGUUUCUGGAGGACAUCCAGAUAAAAUGUGUGAUCAAAUCUCCGAUGCUAUUCUUGAUGCAUGCCUUGCACAAGAUCCAAAAUCACAUGUUGCAUGUGAAACAGCAACAAAAACAGGACUUAUUUUAGUUCUUGGAGAAAUUACUACUAAUGCAGUUAUUGAUAUUCCAAAGAUUGUAAGAGGAGUUGUUAAAUCUAUUGGAUAUGAUGAUACAAAUAAAGGAUUUGAUUAUCAAACAUGUUCAGUUCUUUCAUGUGUUGAACAACAAAGUCAAGAUAUUGCUAAAGGAGUUCAUGUUGAAAAGAAAGAAGAAGAUAUUGGAGCAGGAGAUCAAGGAAUUAUGUUUGGAUAUGCUACUGAUGAAAGUAAAGAAAUGAUGCCAUUAACACAUGUUUUAAGUACAAAAUUAAUUUUAAGACUUCAAGAAUGUAGAGAAAAAGGAAUUUUACCAUGGCUUAGACCCGAUUCGAAAUCACAAGUUACAUUAGAAUAUGAAGAAGUUGAAGGACAUUUAAAACCAAUUAGAGUUCAUACUAUUGUUAUUUCAACACAACAUGCAGACAAUGUAAGUAAUGAAGAAAUUGCAAAAGGAUUAGAAGAAGAAGUUACACAAAAAGUUAUUCCAAAAGAACUUAUGGAUGAUAAAAUGUUAAGAUAUUAUAAUCCAAGUGGAAGAUUUGUUAUUGGAGGACCAAUGGGAGAUGCAGGAUUAACAGGAAGAAAGAUUAUUGUAGAUACAUAUGGAGGAUGGGGAGCACAUGGAGGAGGAGCAUUCUCAGGAAAAGAUUCAAGCAAAGUUGAUAGAUCAGGAGCAUAUUGUGCAAGAUGGAUUGCUAAGAGUUUAGUUCAUGCAGGACUUUGUCAUAGAGUUCUUGUUCAAUUAAGUUAUGCUAUUGGUGUUUCACAUCCAUUAAGUAUUAAUAACUUUGAUAUGAGACCAGGAAUGAUUAUUAAAGAAUUAGGAUUAACAAGACCAAUUUUCCAAAAGACAGCAGUUGGAGGACAUUUUGGAAGAAAUGAUCCAGAUUUCAAAUGGGAAUUUCCAAAGGAAUUAGAAAUUCCAGCUGAACUUAAACCAAAAUUGUUGAAGAAUGAACCAUAA